AUGUUCCAACGACAACCACAUCUGCUCCAACAACAACCACAGUUUUUCCCACAACAACCAUACAAGUUACAACGACAACUACAAUUGGGGCUACAACAACCACAGAUACUCCAACACAACCGCAAUGCUCCCACAUCAGCCACAGCUUCUCCAACAACCACGGCUAGUCCGACAACAACCCCAGAUGUUCCAUCCACAACCACAAAUCUUCCAAAAACAUCCACAGUUGCUCCCACAACAAACACAGAUAUAUCCACAACAACAGCCAUCCUCAACAGCUGCUCCCACAACAACAACAGUAGCUCCAACUACAACUACUAUUGGGGCUACAACAACCACAGAUACUACAACAACAACCACAGCUGUUCCCACAACAACCACAGAAUCUCCCACAACAACCACAGUCGCUACUUCAAAAAACACAGCUGCUCCCACAACAACCACAGCUGUUCCCACAACAACCACCACAACCACAACUACUUACAACAACAGAACUCCAAAAACAACCAACUGCUCCCCAACAACCACAGCGGUUCCCACACCACAGCUGCUCCAACAACAACCCCAGAUGUUCCAACAUCAACCACAUCUGCUCCAACAACAACCACAGCUGCUCCCACAACAACCAUAGCAAGCUCCAACGACAACUAUAAUUGGGGCUACAACAACCACUACUCCAACAACAACCACAGCUCCCACAUCAACCACAGCUGCUCCCAAAAACCCCAAUGUUCCAACAACAACAACAUCUGCUCCAACAACAACCACAGAAUCUCACACAACAACCAGCUGCUCCCACAAAACCACAGCUGCUCUCACAACCACAGCUGCUACCACAACAACCACACAACAACCACAGAAUCUACCACAACAACCACAGUCACUGCUUCAAAACAGCCACAGCUGCUCCCACAACAACCUCAGCUGCUCCCACAACAACCACAGCUGCUCCCACAACAACCACACCAACAACACACCCAGAUAUGUUCCAUCCACAACCACAAAUCUUCCAACAUCCACAGUUGCUCCCACAACAAACACAGAUAUAUCCACAACAACCACAGCCAUCCCCUCAACACUCACUGCUGCUCCCACAACAACAACAGUAGCUCCAACUACAACUACUAUUGGGGCUACAACAACCACAGAUACUACAACAACAACCACAGCUGUUCCCACAACAACCACAGAAUCUCCCACAACAACCACAGUCGCUACUUCAAAAAACACAGCUGCUCCCACAACAACCACAGCUGUUCCCACAACAACCACGUCUACUCCGACAAUAACCCCAGAUGUUCCAACCACAACCACAACUCUUCCAACAACAACCACAGCUGCUCCCAAAACAAACACAGAUACACCCACAACAACCACAGCCAUCCCUCAACACUCACUGCUGCUCCCACAACAACCACAGCAGCUCCAACGACAACUACAAUUGGGGCUACAACAACCACAGAUACUCCAAAAACAACCAAAACUGCUCCCACAACAACCACAGCGGUUCCCACAACAACCACAGCUGCUCCAACAACAACCCCAGAUGUUCCAACAUCAACCACAUCUGCUCCAACAACAACCACAGCUUCUCCCACAACAACCAUACAAGCUCCAACGACAACUAUAAUUGGGGCUACAACAAUCACAGAUACUCCAACAACAACCACAUCUGCUCCCACAUCAACCACAGCUGCUCCAACAAAAACCCCAGAUGUUCCAACAACAACAACAUCUGCUCCAACAACAACCACAGCUUCUCCCACAACAACCAUACAAACUCCAACGACAACUACAAUUGGGGCUACAACAACCACAGAUACUCCAAAAACAACCAAAACUGCUCCCACAACAACCACAGCGGUUCCCACAACAACCACAGCUGCUCCAACAACAACCCCAGAUGUUCCAACAUCAACCACAUCUGCUCCAACAACAACCACAGCUUCUCCCACAACAGCCAUACAAGCUCCAACGACAACUACAAUUGGGGCUACAACAACCACAGAUACUCCAACAACAACCACUACUGCUCCCACAUCAACCACACCUUCUCCAACAACAACCACAGCUGCUCGCACAACAACCACAUACUUUCCCACAACACCCACAUCUGCUCCGACAACAACCACAGCAGCUUCCACGACAACUACAAUUGGGGAUACAGCAACUAUAGAUACUCCAUCGACAACCACAACUGCUCCCACAUCAACCAUAGCUUCUCCAACAACAACCACAGCUGUUCCCACAACAACCACAGCUGUUCCCACAACAACCACAGUCGCUACUUCUAAAACCACAGCUACUCACACAACAACCACAGCUUCUCCAACAACAACCACAGCUGCUCCCACAACUACUAAAGUUGCUCUCACAACAACCCCAGCUGCUCCAACAACAACCUCAGCUAUUCCCACAACAACCACAGAAUCUCCCACAACAACCACGGUCGCUACUUCAAAAACCACAGCUGCUCUCACAACAACCACAGCUUCUCUCACCACAGCUGUUCCAACAACAACCACAACUGCUCCAACAACAACCACAGCUGUUCUUAAAACCACAGCUCUUCCCACAGCAACCACAGAAUCCCCCACAACAACCACAGAUGCUCCCACAACAACCACUGCUACUCCCACAACAACCACAGCUACUCUAACAACAACCACAGCUUUUCUGACCACAGUUACAACUGGUUCUUCAACCACUACCACAACACCGGCCCCUCCACCACCAGAGGUUAAGUUGGAGUUCAAAUUAGAGCAAAUCUUCACUGCAGAGUUGAAUAAUGCAUCUUCACCAGAGUUCCAAGCAUUAGUAACCAGUGUGGCUACAGAGCUGGACACAGUUUAUCGAAACAAAUAUGGAUCCAGUUUUAAUCGCACAGAGGUUCUAGGUUUCAGUCAAGGUUCGGUUGUGGUAGAUGCUAAGCUGAUAUUUAACAAUGCCAGCUCAGUCCCUGAGUCCAGUGCAGUGGUUGCAACCUUGAUAGAGAACAUCUCAAGCAACAGCUCUUAUAUCUCUCUCCCACUGAACACAACUUCUAUCGUGGCAACAAGAGUUGACUCAGCUACAACUAAUACUCCAGAUCCUCCAAUAUCAACACCAUAUAUGGUCAUGAACGCAACUUCGGCCCCCUCAAACAGGUCAACCACAAACACGGUUGUCAAUGCAACAUCGGAUCCUCUGAACCUGUCAACAACACACAUAGUGCCCAGUGGAACAUCAGCGCCCAUAAAUGUGUUAACAUCAGCCCAAAGUGCUGUCAAUGUCACAUCAGGACCUGUAACACAAAGCAAUACAACUUCAACACCAUCAACUACAACCCCAUCGUUGUCAACUACCCAAAUAGUCAACACAACAGCUCCUUCAACUACCCCCAUAGUCAACACAACAGCAACUCCAUCUACCCCAGUAGUCAAUGCAACAGCUCCUCCAACAACUCCAGCAGUAAAUGCAACAGCUCAUCCAUCUACCCCAGUAGUCAGCACAACAGUUCCUCCAACUACUGCAGUAGUAAAAACAUCUCCAGCUCGAACCACUCCUAUAACCAAUUUGACCGAAGUACUAACUACCCCAUUACCAACUAAGCCGGUAGCAACUACCCCAGUACCAACUAUCCAAGUGUCAACUACAACGGCAUCCCGUGCAGCAGAGGCGCCACUGACCAGCCCACAACUGUCACUGCAGUUCAGUCUGACAUCGACCUUCAAUAGCUCUCUGAGCAACAGCAGGUCACCAGAGUUCCUGGCUUUGGCAAAUCAUGUGACUACACAGCUGGAUAAUUUGUUCAAGGCUCAAUUUGGAGCCAGAUUCCUUCGAACUGUUGUCAAUAGUUUCAGGUCAGGGUCAAUUGUGGUGGAGUCUACAGUGAUAUUCAACAACAUCAGCUCAGUGCCCAACGAUAGCCUGGUAGCACAAACUUUACAAACUGCCAUUACUUCCAACACGUCUGGCCUGACCUUACCUAUCAAUUCAUCCUCCAUUGUGGUCACACGUGCUACUACAAUGGCUAAUGCAACCACCUCCGCUGCAACAACUGCUGCUCCAACUGCAGCGGUGACCACCACCACUCUGGCAGAUGUCACCACCACCGCUGCUGUUCCGGCAGCAACCACCACCACCGCUGUUCCGGCAGCAACCACCACCACCGCUGUUCCGGCAGCAACCACCACCACCGCUGUUCCGGCAGUAGCCACCACCACUGCAGUCGCACUAACUAACCCUCCAUCUCCUAGUGAAGGAACCCUGAUUCUUCGGUUCAGUCUCGAUGAGAAAUUCACCUCGGAUCUUGCCAACCCGUCUUCUUCAGCAUUCAAGGCUCUGGCUGGCAAAGUGGUCUCAGAGGUAAGUAUCCAAAUGCCUUUUCAUCAAUACCACACCAAAGAGACUGGAUAUCAGUGGGCAUCUUAUUGUUAUAUAGAACCAAAGAUUAUUCAGUACAAUGUUAUCGUACUCUUGGACCUCCCCGUUGAGAACAAUGUCCAGACUUUUUUACGGUCUUCUUAGUGGACAUGAAGCCUUGUGCCUGCCUAUGAACCCUUGUGCCUGCCUAACAGCUGUUAUGGGCAACAGAGAGUACAAUGUGCACAACAUGGG